AUGUCAAAUCUCGGCCCGUUAACCACAACAUUCACGCCCGCCUCGCCUGAUUGCGUUUCGUCGUUGCAUAUUCGGAGAAAAGAUACUGCAGGAUGGGACCUCGUCCUCGGAUUACCCGGAUCCCACUCAUCGUCCUGCCUGCCAACGUCUUUCACCUGGUCGAGCGCCUACUACUCCCCCGGCAUCUGCCCCUCCGGCCACACCUACGCAUGCACCGAAACCGACGCAAUCGGAGAUGAAACAACAACAAUAGCCACCUGCUGCCCCAGCACUGCAAGUGGCUGGGUUUGCCGCAACGACAAAAACGCCGCUUUCGCCUGCGUUCUGCGCUUCCCGACACAGACGACGCUGUACGACGUCGGCAGCUACCAGGUCAGCACGCCCUCGGGCGGCUCCACGACCGUGUUGAGAGAAGGUACCCCGCAGGACCUCACGCUUUCCGCUGGGUUUCAAGCGUACGCAUGGGGUCCUGUCGUGCGCCGCCAAUCCACAGACGAGACCUGGCCCGCCCGCACCGCUACGGCAGGAGCAUCAUCCACAGCAGGAGGGGCCUCGUCUACGGCCUCGUCGUCGCUUCUUCUGAGCAGUAAUGCGGCCGCUGCUGCCGCCACGAGCUCGACAUCAACAUUCAACGGGUCUUCUGGUCUCAGCACGGGUGCAAAAGCGGGGAUCGGCGUGGGUGUUGCGGUCGGAGGGUUGCUGUUGAUUUCUGCGUGUAUCGCGGCGUUUGUGCUGCGGAGGAGGCGGAGGCAGAAGCAGAGCACAAAAGUCCCUGCGGUGCAGGAAAUGCCGGUUAAUCAGGCACCGCCAUGGGUGGGACCGCCGGGGGAGCUGCAUGCGGAGUCGAGGCAGGAGAUGCCAGUGGAGGAGGUGGAGAAGGACAAGCCGGCGGAGUUGCCGGCAGCAUACCGGUGA